CUUAUAGCAUUUUAGGGGUUCCUUGGCCUUCUUCGUUGUUGUUUUCAAGCCGCCCGCCAGAACGGAGAAGUGACGCUCUUGCUGACGACAUCCGUUUGGAUAGUUUCCCUCUGUAGAAAAAUGAGUCCGCAGAUACGAUUUGGGUCAAUCUAUCACUAAGCGAAUGGUGGCCUACUGCAGGACGCCCACCAGAGGGCAGCACCACUCUGAAGCGCCAGGCUCCUGUUUCGCAGAGGCGCUGGGUGGCCUUGUGCAAAGCUGCAUGCUGUGUGUGCAGAAACACAGAAGCGGACUGCUAUCAUUUUCACCACAAGGGGCAGGGAGCAAACAGGCAGCAGGGGAAACUCUCGCUCUGAUAGUGUGUGUCUUGCCUGGCGAGGGUGUGAAGGUGCAGCACCCCCAUCGUCCCCAUCAGAAGUGCCUCUCCUGGGCUCCUGGACCCCUCUUCUUCCCCUCUCCUCCUCCUCCUCCCUUCUUCCACUCGUGACUCAGUUUUUAGUGGGGUGCUGCAGUGGGGGGGGUGCCGCUGCAGUCACGGUGAUGUCAUUCCGAAGGAUGACCGCGUCAGCACGGCCAAGGUGAGCUCCCUCUGCGGUGUCCCUCCACUCGGCCGGCCGGCAAACGAGGCGGCGAAAGAUGCUCGUCGCCACCUGCACCACUUCAAGCUCGGACGCGCUCCCUCCCUUCCGGACCCCGGGCCAUGGGGCCCUGAGUUGCCUUCCCCCCCGCCAAUGUCACAGGGCGAGAAGUAGGACGAGGUGCGUUUUUAGGGCAGGUGACCGCUCGCCCCCCCGUGUCGGACUGCGCAAAGGCGCCUCUGCAGCAUGACGAGCGGGGCCAGCACGCUGCCGGCCACGCUUAUUCUCUGGACGUGUCUCUGGGGGGUGGUGGCCCCCAGCAGGACUAAUGGCACCGACUUGGAGCGGCGCUGGGAGACCUUGUUCUCCCGCUCCUACCUCGGCCUACCUGGAGGGCGGGCGCAGCUGAGCUGGCAGAGCGACUACCUGCAGGGCAUCAAGCGGGUGCGCCGUCUCUACUGCAACGUGGGCAUCGGCUUCCACCUGCAGGUGCUGCCGGACGGAAGCAUCGGCGGCGCGCACCUGGAGGAGCCGUACAGUCUCAUCCAGAUCUCCAGCGUGGACCGAGGAGUGGUCAGCUUGUUGGGCGUGAAGACAGAACUCUUUGUGGCCAUGAGCCGCAGGGGGAGGCUCUAUGGGACGAGGCUCUUUGGCGCGGAGUGCAAGUUCAAAGAGACGCUGUUGGCCAACAACUACAACGCCUACGAGUCGUUUGUUUACAAGGGCUUCUACGUGGCCCUCAGCAGGCACGGCCGGCCGCGGCGAGGCGACAAGGCCACCACCGCCUCCACCGCCACGCACUUCCUCCCUCGGCUGUGACGCCACCGUUUGCACAUGUGGACUCUUUCUUUCCUCCAGGUAACACGCCGUAUAGACGCCAAUGUGACGAGGGGAUUAUAGGGGCACAAAUACAUAAAUAUAUGUAUAUUUAGAGAGCCAUCUUUGUACCGUACAUUGCUGCUUCUUGGGCCUUCGCCGCUCGCUCGACUUUGCCGUGCGGAUAAAAGUAUUAGGACACAUUUUCCUCCUGAUACUUUUGUCCACAGAGUGUGGGUGUCGACAUGGAAGAAUUGCGACAGUAAAAUGUCUUGAAUUACCUCAAAGCAGCGACUUAUACUAGAUGAAGGAUGCCUGAUGAGUGAGUGUGAGCGUGUGACUUCAAUGCACUACUUAGAGGUGCCUUGUAAGAGACUAGCAUGUAAGAGACACCCGGCACAGUCAAAAAUAGAAAUGACGUUCCAGAGCCCGGGCCUCAAAGCAAGGGGGGGGGUUGAAAAGAUCUCUGCUUCUUUGCUGUAAUUGGAAGCAUUAAGUCAUUUAUGGGGGAGAGCACAAGAAGAGUAAGACCUCCGUGGAGCUUCUAUAUCGGUCGGCAAAGAUCAAACGUGAGCUGUAGAAAUAUUGCUUAGACGUGCUAUUUAAAAAAUGCAACUGUAAAUACUGCGACCACUAAAGGCUUGAAAGGGACACAUGUCACUGAAGAAGGAAGGGUGACCUUUGGCCUCCAGGGUGUAUGAAUUAGGGAUGGGUUCCGAAUUCUAUACUUUUUUGGUCUGAUUUAGGUUAAAAACAAAGAGUACCAUGUUUCGAUACCUUUGUUGCCCGUGACGCCACGUCUGGUUGCAGAGAAUUUAAACACUUUCGAGCAUACUACACCUUUCGGUAAUGUUACAAUUUUUCAUGUCAACAACGCAAGAAGAAAAUUCUUGAAAGUACAAUUGAGACUCCACUUGUCAGAAUGUGCUAGCUCGAUACUAAUUGGAUAUGCCUAAUACAUGCUACCGAUUAGCAUUAGCGAUUUUACAUGGCGAUUUCAACACCUUCAAAUUUAGUAACGAAAACUAGAACUAAGAUGCACGUUACAAUCGAACAGUUGAUGCGUAAUAAGUAAAAUACUUAACAGUUUGUGCACUUUGUAGGUUUCAAUAAAAGACAAUACUGGCACAUUCAACUUGUUGGCAAAGACUACCUCUUGAUUGCGGCAACACACCAAGGACAAAUUUAAAUGAAUGCAUACUCGCAAAUGAGACUCGAAGUGUAAGAAAACUGGAUAUAAUAUAUAUGGACAGCACAGUUUUAUUAUUAAACAAUUAACAUUUACUACCACAGGAACAAACACAAAAGUACGGAAAAUUAGUACCGUCGAGUACCCAGGGAUUGGUACUGUAUCGGUUCGAUGUGUAAGGUAGCCAUUUCUGAUGAUGGGUGGUUUGUAGAAUGCAGCAAAUGAUGUGCUUGCUAGAGAGGUAAGAAAAUAUAAUAUACAGUACAUAUUUCUUUUUCACCGUCUUCAUCAAGCGUAAGAAAAUUAAAACAUUUGAGAAUGAAAAUAAAAAUGUGGCAAAGUAGGUGCAGCACGUUAACUUCUUCAACCUCACUUCAUCCGCUCUUACUUCCUGCCGGCGGACUCCAGGAUGUUCUAUCCAUGACGCCCCCUCAUCGAUCAGAAAAUAAACGCUGUCGAAGUCCGGAUUAUGAAGUAAUGUCCCAUAUUUCAUCAUCCACGUCCUGUCCUCCUGCCGUCUAUAAGCCUCAAAGCCGCGGAACGUCAAAAGACAAAAUGAUGCAUGACGAGAGCACUUCUCUUGUGGAACUGCACCUUCUGCUUCUUGAUUGUAUCAAAAUAAACUAAAGUCAUCAACAAAAUACCGGGGGGGAGCAGCUUUCAGCCUCGACCAAAAACGGACUGAGGAAGUUGUUUUUGUUUUGUUUGUUUGUUUUUUAAAAAGAUUGUAAAACUUAAAGUACUGCUGCAUGAGCCCAAAUGAGCGCUGUCACCUCCUGCCUUAUCGUUUGUGCUGCAAAGUCAACAUCUUUAUUUUUGUACAUAAUGUGCUGUGCACAGCCGUCCACUGUAUUCCUGACAAACCAAUAAAGUUUUUAAUAACUCGCCGCUGA